AUGUCUAGUUGUAUGGAUAAGGAGAAUAAGCGUGUUUCGGACAUGACUGUUGCUGAACUAAAGGAGUAUUUGAAAAUGCGUGGCGUUACUGCAAGCGGCUAUUUAAAACCUGCUUUACUUCAAAUUGCUCAAGCAGUGGAGAAAAUGAUGUUGUCGAUUGACCCAAAUCAUGAAUAUGGAAAUUCGGAUCUCAAGAACGCAAGAGAAACAUUUAUUAUUCAUGAUAUGGUGAUACGUCAGCCAUUGUCAUAUCCAGUCGUGAACGACUUUAUAGAUUCGCCACCCUUCGGUUUGUACGAUAUUUUUAACUAUUUAAUAUACAGCUCAGCUGAGUAUGAUAAACAGGGACUUGCCGCAUAUAAAUCAUUCGAAGAUUAUAGAUUGUUUGACGAAGGCUAUGUGGAGUCAUUGAGAACCGCAACACUAAAGGAAGAGGGUAUGUAUCUGUUUAUUGGAAAAGUACGGCCGGCUAUGAAAGAUACGACAGACGAUGGAAAAAAACUGUACGAUGUCUGGUUUAUGUUAGAAGGAAAAGGCAACAAUCGAGGUAGCGUAUUAAUGGCUAGAUGUACAUGUAAAGGAGGGCAAGAUGGAGGCUGCAAGCACAUCGCAGCCUGUUUGUAUUCGCUGGAGGAUGUACUGCAUAAUCGCGAGAGUGUAACAUCUGGUCCAUGCCAGUGGGUUAAACGAGCGACAUCAGAAACCAAACCGUGCGAAAUUAAAAAUUUGCAAAUACGGAGAUCCGACAAAAGACCGAGUCCGAGUGAAGUGAAACGAAAAUACGAACAUUUUUAUGCUGAUAAUAUUGAUGUUGACGUCAGGCACGAAAACGAUAGAAGUCCCCCCUCCAAAAAGGCUCUUAUUACGUUUACAAAUGCUCUUUCGUCCGUCAGCAGUAAACCCUGUGUCUUUCCACUACUUGAAAAAAAUUAUCAAUCGGAAUCCUCACAAGAAACCACACAAGAGUUCAAACCUACCCAGUUAAUAAAAGAUGGAGGUAUAUUAUUAAUUUUUUAUUUAAAGUGAAAUAAGUGUGCAAUGUGCAAAUUUUGUUUAAAAGUGUGUCACUGGGCCAUGUGUAGUGGUAAAUCCUGUGAACUGCUAAUAGUGUACACUGUAUUAUUAUCAUUUAAAAUUGUCUGUCAUAUAAUGUUAUGUUUAAGGUGCAUUGUAGUAAUGUUGGUUGAUGUAUCAUUAUGAUAAUCAUAUGAAUAUAAUGCACCCUGACAAACCCUGCUCUUUUUUGAUCAGACAUUUUUAAGUGUAAAAGCUAGCCAGUUGCAAAUGGCAAGGGGUAGGGGGGGGGAGUAUAGAUGAACAAACAAAAUUUGUCAUGAAAAAUAUGUCAAAAAAUUGAUUAAUCUGUCACAUGAAAAGACCCCUAUUGAAAAAAUUAUAAUAUCUACUUUUUAGUUGCUAAAAGCACAAACACAACAUCGUCUGAUCAUGGAAUUCUGAAAGAAAAGCUUCUUGAAUAUCACAGAGAGCAUAGCUUACACAAAAUUUCUGCUGAGCAUCUUCUUGCUAAUAUCUCAUUCAACGAUGAAGAAAUAGAAAAUGUUAGCACGUGCACAGUUCAACAAUGGAAAAGCAAAGAAUGGUAUCUCCACAAAGGUGGCAUUAUUACUGCUUCAAAAGCAAAGAGAGUUUUUAAUGCACAGCUUAAGUUGGAAAAGGGUUUAAAAUGUAAUGUUUUAAAUCUUGUGAAAGAUAUCACCUCUCCAAAAUGCACAUUUAGACCUUCCCCAAAGGAUUCAUGUAUCCCCCAGAAUCCAAGAGAAUGGGGUUUAGUUCAUGAAGAUUCAGCGAGAGAUUCUUAUUACAGGGUGGAGAGUAAGAAGCACUAUAAGCUCAGUCUUCUUUCUAAAGGACUUCAGAUUUGCAAGGACAAGCCGAUGAUAGGUGCAAGUGUGGACAAUAUACGUACGUGCAAGUGCAAUGUUGAUUGUCAAGACAUUGUUGUAGAAUACAAAUGUCCUUGGAAACAUAGAGAUCAACCUCCCAAAGAAGCUUUCUUAACCCCAGAGAUUGGUGGGACUGUCAUUAAAAGAGAUUAUGUACUAAAAAAGACUGCACCCUACUACUACCAAGUACAGGUUCAAAUGUUUGUCACUGGGCUCAGCUUUUGUGAUUUUGUAGUGUGGACAAAAAAAGGGAUUUUUGUGGCAUCAAUAUUAUUUGAUAAAGAAUUCAUGACUUCUUUGUGCAAGAAGGUUGAAAGCUUUUGGUAUGGACAAGUGUUUCCUGCUAUGGUGGAUGAGUUGACAAAUAACGAUUCUGCACCCAAUAAAACUGCUGGUAAGCGCUUUUGUUUUUUAUCACUCUUCUCAAAAAAACUACAAUCAUUAACUUUGUUGUUGAAACAGUUCUCUAAAAAGGAAUACGGACCCCUCCCCUCCCAUGUCAAUGUUGCGGUAUUUAAAUACUCGAGAUACACAUGGUUGCGAAGGCUGGUACAUUACAGAGCUUUCGCAGGCUACAAACAACAUUGAAACGGAGGGAAGGAGGCAUAUUUUGAAGUUUAUUCGUCUUUACAGUCGCGUUUAGUCAUAAGCAUUGACAUGAUUGUAGAUAUAUUUCUAAAUUAUUACUGCUUCACAGGCAUGUCAGAAGUCAAUCAACCCUCACAGAUAUAGUUAAAUGUGUAAUCAAAUGCACCAACAGUGUUGUUCAUUUUGUCUUUAUUAUAUUUUAGUACAUGUGGAUAUUUCCAAAGAUGAGCCUGUCACAUUGCCAAAAAGUGCAACCAAAGAAUUACGGAGCGUAACUGUCAUGAAUGUUGACAUUUAUGAGACCUGCAUAAGGAAAUUGGAACCAAGGCAAAUGAUAAAUGAUAACAUUAUUAAUAUGCUGUUAAAGUAAGUGCUACUUUUGCAAAACAAGUAGGUCAUACUAAGUGUAAAUGCUACAUGUGAGAAUAUUUUCCAUUGCAGGGAUUUCAAGGAUUGCAAAAUUCCAUUUGUGAGCACAUAUUUUUAUACUGCUCUAUGUGGAGAACAAGGUUCCAAUACAUUGAGGUACACGUCUAGUUAAUUCAAAUUUAUUAUCUACUGUAUAUUACAAUGAAAGACAACAUUGGAAGCAUUUAAGGUUUUUAGUGAUUUUGAUGCAUUGUAAAUAUCAUUAACUGGUGCUGUCUGCACCAAUCCAAAAUUGCAAAAUAGGGUUGGGUCUGUUUCUUGAAGAAUCAGGUAACAAGUUUUUGAAAUCUGUUUUGAUUAUUCAAACUUUUACCAUUAUAGGCGGUGCUACGAGAAUGCAGAAGUGUUCUUUAAACCAGAGUUAUGGACAAAUGAUUUUUUAUUCAUACCAAUAAACAGAAGGUAAUAUAAAUUAAAUAAUGUAUGUGUACCAACAAUGAUGCCCUUCCCUUUCCCUAUUAGUUUUGCAACAAGGUACAUAUUGGUUAAAUUGUAUAAUAUUUUGUGUUUCAGUUACCACUGGCUAUUGGCUGUCAUCACUCCAUGGUAAGAAUCAAAAGUUUAAAACAAACAUCUUAAACAUUUCAUGCCCAACGUUAAGUUAAAAUUUAAGAAAAAAUGAUUUUUUGCAGGCAUGUCCUCAUAAUGGCUUCUUUAACUUGGGAUAUUGGAAGUAGAAGAAAGGAGUUUAGUCUCCUUUUCAGGUAAGAUGCAUUUGUAUUAUGAUUUAGACAUUUGUAUCAAAAUCAGCAGACCUGCCAAGUCUCACGAUUUUUGAUGCUUUCUCACGAUUAAGUCCCCAAAUCUCACAACUUUCGGGCAAAAUCUCUGCUAAAACCACAAGUGAUUCUAAACACCUGUGGAAAAAAUAAAUACAUGCUAUUAUUUCAUGAUACUUGACACUGGAAACUACUAAAGCCAUAAAAAAACCAGCUUAUUUUUAAUAGGCCUUGCAAUAUGGUUAUAUUAAUUUAACAAAAUAUAAAUGCAUACUAUCCUAAGAUUGAAUACCUAUUGAUUAUUUUCUAGUGUUGUUAAAGUGAACCGUGGUCAUAUUAAUGAGCAAACCUAAACAUUUUUCGCGAUUUUUCGGUCAAUCUCACAACUUUUUAGAUAGCAACUCACUAUUUCUGCUACUCAGGGGUUGGCAGGUCUGAAAAUGUGUUUUGUUACAAAGUUAUUUUACAAAGUUGUUUUUUUUUUAUAUAGAUUCUUUGAGCAUUUGUGCAAAAAAUACGCUUUGCCAAGGAAACACUUAAAGCUUUCAAACACAGUUCUAAAAGUAACUAUUUUUGCUGAUGGUGAUUUUAUGCACUCAAUACAUUAAUUCCAAAAUCUUUUUAAAGCUACUGUAGUUCCAAGAUGAUUUUUUCUUAAUAUCAGGUACCCCAACAAGAGGUCUCAAGCAAUAACUGUGGUUUUCAUCUCGUCCUGUUUGUUGAAAAUUUUCUGAAGGUAUGGCGCUAGAAAUUAGAAUAGAACUCUCUGACAUUUUUGUAUGAGGUUGGUUUUUAUUAUACUGUAUGUACCACUGGUAAAUUGUUUUAUUUUCUUUAUUAGGAUUUGGAAUUUUACAGUGCAAAAAGAGAGCUGUACUGCAAUCAAGUGCACAAAUGGUUUGAUGUUGAGAAGGCUGAAGAAAAAAGAACACAAACAAGAGAGUUUUUGAAUGAUUUAAUGAAUAAGAAAUAUUCGAAUUAA